CAUUUUAUUAUAUUUUAAUAUAUUUUCCCACUCGCUGCUGAUUUGUUAAUUAAAAUUGCGAAUCGUCCGUUUAAAUUUUGUACGCGUUGAGUUGUUUUUAACUCAUUUAACGAAAAGCCGAUGACGUACGCCCACUAACCGGACGUGACGUCAUACGGGGAGUCUGGUCACCGGAAGCUUAUCUUAACGAGAAGCUCGCAAAUUAAAUUAUUUAUUGAAGUAUCUAAAAAAACAAGAGUUGAAUAUGAGCUUGUUAACAGCUUGUAUUUUUAAAUAAUUUAUUAUCUCAGAAUUUUUUAUGUUAUUUAAAUCGUUAGUUUUUUUUAUACCCACGUGUAGCAUUACUGGAGUGUCAGAUUUGACAGUGGCAGAUGACAAAAUUGACAGCCUUUGUCUUAUCUGAACUUUUAAAGUGGUAAAACACACCGAAGCUUCGGCAAUUGAUGCGGUUACAAAUCAGAAAGUUGCAAUUAAGAAAAUUACUAAACUAUUUAAUUCAGCAAUUCAUGCAAAGAGAAUUUACAGAGAACUAAGGCUGUUGAAACAUAUGAAUCAUGAAAAUGUUAUUGGGUUAUUGAACGUGUUCACUUCUUCCACAUGUAUUGAAGAUUUCAAAGACAUUUAUUUAGUUACUCAUUUAAUGGGAGCAGACUUAAAUAAUGUUAUUAAAACUCAAAGACUAAGUGAUGAUCAAGUUCAGUUUAUAGUUUAUCAGAUUUUACGUGGUUUAAAGUAUAUUCAUUCAGCUGGAAUAAUACACAGGGAUUUAAAGCCACAUAAUAUAGCUGUAAAUGAGCACUGUGAUUUGAAGAUAUUAGAUUUUGGUUUAGCAAGACCUGCUGAGAUUAAAAUGACUGGUUAUGUAACAACAAGAUGGUACAGAGCUCCAGAAGUUAUGUUAAAUUGGCAGCACUAUAAUCAUACAAUGGACAUUUGGUCUGUAGGGUGCAUAAUGGCAGAGCUUUUAACUUCCAUACCACUAUUUCCUGGAAACGAUAAUAUCGAUCAACUAAUGAAAAUCAUGAAAUUAUGUGGAACACCAAACAAUGAGUUUUUAAAUAAAAUUACUAGUGAGGAGGCAAGGAAUUACAUAAGGUCUUUACCAGUAAUUCUGAAGAAGGAUUUUAAGGAAGUUUUUAGAGGCGCAAAUCCAGAUGCAAUUGAUAUCUUGGAAAAGAUGUUGGAAUUUGAUGCAGAUAGAAGACCAACAGCAACAGAUGCUCUGGCACAUGCUUACUUUGCAAAAUAUGCCGAUCCAAACGACGAACCAGUAGCAGAACCUUACGACCAGUCAUUUGAAGACAAAGAUCUUUUUGUUGCCGAAUGGAAACAACUUGUGUAUGAAGAAGUUGUGACAUUUCGCCCCCGAAACGAAUUGUAAUCCACGCUUGCUGAUUUUGACAGACUCGUCGGAAACAAAGGAGGGAAGAAUCACAGACUGAUCGAAAGUGGUUAUGUAUCGUUAUAUAUUGCAAUCUUGAGUACCUAACCGACCAGUUUGUUGGCAUUUCGAUAAUUAAGGUAUGUUUUGUUUGGGCUAAGAAGGAAACACAAUAAAAUUAUCUUUGCAUGAUUUUGAAAUUCUGUCAAGAGAUCUAAUUUCUGAAGUAGUUCAUGGGCAGUAUCAAAUGAUGAAAUGACAUAAUGAUAUCAUUUGUUAUCAAUUGACCAAAUGAUGACAAUUACUAUAUAUAAAUUGUCACCAUAAUUUAAAGUCACUUGUCACAUGAUAUGGAUGUCAUUUCAUGUCAAUUGACAUUGAAUUAUUCAUUAAUUUGAGAGAAAACUGUCAUCUUGCACAUGGAAAUAUUAUAAAUAGGAAAUGGUUUAUUUUCAGUUGUAUAAAAAUCAAUAAUGUUGUGCUAAAGUUGAAUUGUAAGUGGUUAUUUGUACGUACCUUUGCAUACUUUUCAGUUUUUAUUCAAUAAGAUAUAUCAAAUAACAAUUAUAACUGCCAAAUCCAAAGCAAGAAAUGGAACAAUUAUAAUUAAGUUAAAGUUGAGGAGGAAUAUAGUCCUAUUUGUGAAUAAACGAUAAAGUAUUUGUGACCGCAGAGAUCAACACAUACUAAGCAUUAUAUUAAGGUGCAUGUGAUCGACGGAGAGAGGCAGGUUAUCUUGGCUGCCACCCGGCAUAUGUCAACAUAGGUAACAAAAGUGUAAUAAUAUAUAUUUCAUAGAUAAAAUUGGCUCAUCCAGAACAUUUAGUUUUACUAUUCAACAUUGAUUUCUCUAAUUAGAAUAUAAAUGUUAAAAAUUAUUCCCCCUAUAUUUUGUACAGGAUGAUUCGAAGGUCUCAAUACACAGGCAGAGGGUUUGGUUCAUUAUGCAGUCACUUCUGUUAUGUAUAUGGGUAACAUUUGAUGAAUGCACAUGUAAAUGCAUGUUAAAAUUUCUGAUGUUGUGUACACACACACAAAACACAGACCAGCUGGAGACUGUAAUUUGUUAGUUUGUAUUCGAGGCAUGGACCUUCGGUAAGUGAUUGUUAAGGGUAAUUUCUGACUAUUCUCUAAGAGCAAACUUCUUUAUCUCAUUUUCUUAAAGCAACUCUGUAAUUGUCCAAUGAAAAAGUAUUAUUAAAAUUGAUAAUUUUUAA